CCCUCCUCUAGUUAAAAGCUGCGGAACAACUGAGGUUUACAGUAAAUGGACACUCCUUGGUGUGUACCAGUAAAACCCCUGGUAGACCAGGGCAAAACAAGGUGUGGCCAGGACUGAGGUGACAUGGUGAUGGUAGACUAGAGGAUCAAGUCCAUUUAACUGACAAGGAAUUUUUAAACCAAAAAGAAACAGAAGAGAAAAAUGCAGUCUCCAGUGGUGUUUGUCCUAAUCCUGGCAACGAUUACCUUUGCAACAGCCCCUGCAUAUAGCCAGAUGAUAUAUGCCUCUGAGAAUCCCUUACCAGUGGGCAGCAAUGUCACACUUUUCAGCCAGUCUACUGUCACUGCAGCUGUAUGGAUGUUCAACAAUGAUAUAAUUGUGAUGAUAUUCCCAGGAGAUAAAAUCAUAUCUAACACUUGGAGGGACAGGAUUACAUUCAAUUCAACCACUUCAUCACUGACUAUAAAGUCACUACAGGUGGAAGACUCUGGAUUGUACACAUUAAAUGCAAUGAAUUCUGUUCCUGCUCAGUUAACGCUGUCAGUACGAGUGCCUAUUUCAAAUGUGACUGUGCGGGCAAACGCAACCAACCUGGUGGAGUUCAUUGACACAGCAGUUCUGAUGUGCUCUGUGGCCCAUGGCACUUACCCAUCUUAUGUUUGGCUGAAUGGCAGCUCUGUGGUCACAGCCAGUGAGGGAGUACAGCUCAGCAAUGGAAAUGCCACUCUCACCAUAGUCAGGGUGACCCACUAUGAUGACGGGCUGUUCAGAUGCAAUGUGUCCAAUGGCAUCAGCCAUGAAAUCAGUCUCCCUGUAUAUCUGAACAUCAGCUAUGGCCCAAUGAAACCAGUGAUCACAGGGCCGUCCAUGGCUCUGACAGGAACGUGGGAGAUCUUCAACUGCUCAAGUGCCUCUCAUCCUCCCAGCCACAUCAUCUGGUACUUCAACAAUUCCCAGGUGGCUACCACCUCAGAGUUAGCGAUUGGACCUCUAACCUUAAAUAUGAGCGGGAAGUACAUCUGCAUGGCCUUCAACAGCGUCACUGGCAAAAACAGCACUGCCUACACGAUGCUCACUGUUUUGGCUCCAGUGACCAUGGUGUCAAUAAAAACUGUCGAAGCUCAGCCACUUCUGAACCACACUUUCACUCUAAUAUGUAAGACAGCUGGAAAUGUCGAGUCAAUUAUCUGGAUGCAUGGUUGGUCCCCAGUGCAUGCUGACAACACAAGAAACCUCUCAAUGGACAAUGCCACCCUCACAUUUGAUCCUGUCAUGAAAUCUGACAAUGGGUACUAUUGGUGUGUAGCUUCCAACCCACUCAGCAACUCAACCAGUGAAAUCUUCAUGCUGGAUGUUUUUUAUGGACCGGAGACGCCAACUAUCAUGGGACCAAAUGUGGCAAAGACAGGAGACAAUGUCACACUCAGCUGCUAUGCAUCAUCAAACCCUCUCAGCUUCUACAAAUGGUUCUUCAAUGAUUCUCUAGUGGCGAAUACAUCGGAGUAUGUCACACCUCCGCUUACCAUAGCCAUGAGUGGGAUGUACACGUGCAUGGCCUAUAACAACAUCACCGGCAAAAACAGCACUGCAUACAAGAUGCUUACUGUUGUUGAUCCAAUAAUAGAUGUACAAGUAGAAACAUCUAUUACUCCUGCCAUAGAAGGUGAUUUUUAUAUGCUUAAAUGCAAUGUGACUGGACCCGCUGAGCAUGUUUACUGGAUGAAAAAUGGUGAGCCACUGCAUGCAGACAACAGAACUGCUUUCAAGACGGAUGAAAAAACAGUCGACUUCAACCCACUAGAACGCAGUGAUACUGGAUACUACCAGUGUAUGGCUAUUAAUGCUGUUUGUAACAUGACCAGCCUUCCUUACAAGCUCCUUGUGAAUUAUGGACCAGAAACACCCAUCAUUAAUGGGUCAGCCUUUGCUGAGACAGGACAUUCCACAACCUUCCAGUGUUCUGCCAUGUCGAUGCCUCCCAGUCAGUUCAGCUGGUGGUUCAAUGACUCAUUGGUGGCCAAUACUUCAGUGUUUACAACUGGCCAUUUGUCUUUCAAUAUGAGUGGAGAAUACACCUGUAAGGCCUACAAUAAUGUGACGGGAAAGAACAGCACAAACUCCAAGAUGCUCACAGUCAUUGAGGCUAUAGAGUCAGUGAUGGUCAGAAACAACACAGUUCCAAUAAGCUCCAAAAACUUCACUCUCACCUGUGUAGUUACUGGGCCAUAUGACAGGAUCCACUGGAUGAAGAACAGCAUGCACCUCAACAUGAACACCUCCACAGCUAACACACACAUGUCCUACCACACUGAAAACAACAUGCUGCACUUCACUCCAGUGACAAUGUACAAUGACGGGUCAUAUCAGUGUGUCGCUACCAAUCAGGCUUGUCCACAUGACAGCCCGCAAUACAAUCUCCGGGUGAACUAUGGCCCUCUGAGUGUGAAUAUCUCUGGUCCAGAUUCAGCAAAAGUUGGUUCCUCUGUGUCCCUGACAUGCUCUGCUGAUUCUUGGCCAGGUUGUGACUUCUCUUGGUUCUUGAACAAUCAGUCAUCGGGGUUUAUAAAGACAGGCUCUGUUAUCACUUUCUCUGCGAGAAAAGGGACUGAGGGGAACUACACAUGUAAGGCGAGGAACCCUGUGACCAAUAUCACAGCGGUCCAGACUAAGUCUUUCACUGUCACUGCUCACGCCUCCACCCUCCACAUGCCAUCCCAAGGUGGUCUGAUGUUGAUGGGUCUGUUUGCUUUGUCUGGCAAUGUGCUGUUCAACUGAGUCCUCCACACUGAAAAAUCCAGUCUGACUGAAAGGCCUCUUGCUCCCUCUUCAGUCAACAAUCUUACUGUAAAGUGAAUGCCAUAUUGUCAGCUUCUUGUGGGUUUUGCUGGAAAGGCAAAGAAAAAUCUAAAAGUGUGACAGACUUUGAUUCAAGUUACAGUUUGCUGUUUGAUAUUUCCUUUAAUUCGAUUUUUUUUUUCAUUAACAUACAAUACAGAAUAGUAACAUUUACACUGACAGUGAAAGAGCAAAUAUUAUUAUCAUUGCAUUGCCUGUUUAGGGUUUUUUAUGUUAAAUGUUAUUAUUAGCAAGUAAAAGUAGUUGUGUUGGUGUUAUUGUGGUGGUUGUUGUUGUUUCUGCCCUUGAGCCAGUUUAAUAAAAAUACUUCAAUACACUUGCAUAGUCAAACAAGGCAAUGUAUUCCUCCAAAAUACCUCCAUACUCUUUUGCUCUUUUUACAAAUUGCAAUUCUUCACUCACCUGCAUCUUUUUCUGUCAUGCAAUAUAAACUGUAAACAAAUGUAAGUCUUAUAAUGCUUUGAUUUAUAUAUAUUCAUUUAUUUCUUAAUCAAUAAAAAAUCAACACAGUCAA